AUGGUUCUUUUCAACGUCUCAGCGGAGGACAGUUCGCCAUUGCUUGUUUGGGGACCACCUGGUGCGUGGAAUGACUCGCCGGAGAAUGACACUCUGUCCCAAUCGUAUUCUGCACAAUCAUGGCACACUACAUCAGUGCAAGGCGCGACAGUCACGAUCUCCUUCAAUGGAACCGGCAUCUGGUUUUACGGAGCGAACAGGCCUGACUAUGGUUCAUAUACGUUCGCCGUUGACGGCCAAGCUACAGCACAUAAUGCCAAUGCUUCGAGUGCGGUGUUCCAGCAGCUUCUGGGUGGAGCCUCAAGUUUGCCAAUGGGUAGUCAUACGGCGGUCUUGCAGACUACUAGUGCUGCACCGGUAGACCUCGAUUCACUCAUUUUUGAGACACAGAUCGGCCCAGACGAUCGAUCUGUCUCGAAUUCCACCAUCGACGACACGGAUUCGCGCAUAUCUUACCUGCCACCAUCAUCUUGGAUCUUCAAUCCCCUUCCUGACACGAUGAAUAACACGCUGCAUUUCACGCAGACGGGUGGCGCUCAGGCCCAAAUCGAGUUCAGUGGGGAUGCAGUCGCAGUGUAUGGCACCGUUUCGUCAGACCAUGCAAAUUAUACGAUUGCCGUGGACGGCAACGCUGCUCAUGCAUUUGAUGGUGGUUCAAAUGGUAUCGCUAGCACUCUGCAUCUCAAGACACUGCUGUAUUUUGGAAAUGGUCUUGGGCCGGGUCAACACAACCUGGUCCUGACGGCCGAUCCUGAUCAGAAUGGCCAGAACAACACCGGUAGGUUCAUGGAUAUCGACGCCAUCAAGAUCUACUCUACGACGAGCAAUUCUCAAAAUGGCGCACCAAGCAAUUCUACUGGAUCUCCUUCCUCUGACGCUCCUGAUACUUCGAGUAUCGGAAAGUCUGGACUACCCAUCGCUGCUCUGGCGGGAAUCAUUGCUGGCAUUGUGGUCAUCGUGACUUUGUUUGUCGUAGCGGCUUUACUCUGGAGACGACGGCGCAACCGUAUCAGGGACAGCAAGAUGCCCUUGCAAACGCCCUCGACGCCCUCACUGCCUUUCCACAACAUGCAACCUUCCCCUGUGGACAGGGAAAAUCCUUUCAUGGAUCCCUCGGAGAAAUCGCCCUUUGAUUCCGGCCUGCCGACUACCGAUAUGAUGCGACGUCCCGACAUAGCGCUCGAUAUGCGUUCACAGCCUUUGUUUCCUCAAGCGGUUGUCCAGCCGAAUACAGCGAUGAGACGGGAUGGCGCUGGCGGUGGGGAUCUGCCAAGCAGAAUGCCGAACUAUCCCUCACGGCCUGCCCGACCGCCAUCUUUGUACCUCGGACCGAUGACUUUCGAGAGGUAGUGUUGUGUUGGAGACUUGCAGUGCAGUAUCCGGUCUUUUUUUUGUCGAGCUCUGCCCCUACCUGUACCGUACUACCUAUACUACGAGCACGAUGUUGAUUCUGGUUAAUUGUAUCAUG